AUGGAUAUUUCAUCUUUUCACUUGUUUUUCUUUCACCUACUCUUGUUGCUUUCGCUGAAAGCAACAGCUAAUGGAAGCUACACAAACGCAGCUGAAAAGGAACAUGUUGUUGGUUCCAUCGGUGCAAUUGUGGAUCUAGAUUCUCGAAUUGGUAAAGAAGAAAAAAUAGCCAUGGAGAUGGCUAUGAGGGAUUUCAAUGUGAAGACGAAUCAAAGUUUUCAUCUCCUCAUAGUGAACUCUCAAAAAGAUCCCGUUUAUGCAGCUUUUGCAGCAAAGGAUCUUACUGAAACACAAAAAGUUGAGGCUAUUUUAGGUCCACAGACUUGGGAAGAAACAGAAAUGGUUGCAAAUAUUGGUAGCCAAGCUCAGAUACCGAUUCUUUCUUUAGCUGAAUCAAGUCCACAGUGGGCAUCAGAGCGAUGGCCCUUUCUCAUUCAAACCGCACCUAGCCAGCACAAACAAAUGGAAGCCAUAGCAGCCAUGGUUCAGUCAUGGGAAUGGCAUCAGGUCACAGUUAUAUAUGAAGAUACUGGAUCUUCAACUGCUGGAAUAGUGAUGCCUCAUCUCUAUGACGCCUUCCGAGAAGCAGAUGUAGAAAUCAUCAAUCUUGUGGCACUCCCACCUUUUGAUUCUUCCUCAUUGGCUCAAAAGCUUGAGAUGAUCAAAUUGGGGCAAUGCCGAGUCAUUGUGGUUGAUCUAUCGUUUCCAUUGGCCACACGCCUAUUCGAAAAGGCCAAGGAAAUGGAGAUGAUGGCGAAGGAUUACGUAUGGAUCACUACAGCCGCUUUUUCGAAUCUAGUCGAUUCCAUUAAUGGGACAAGUAUUUCCUCAAUGCAAGGAAUCAUAGGAGUCCAGAGCCACUUCCCCAUAAAUGGCGAACUCCAUAAGGAUUUUCAUAAGAGAUUCCGGGCAAAGUUUACCUUGGAAUAUCCAGAAGAGGACAGCAGUGAACCUUCUAUUUAUGCAGUACAGGCCAACGAUGCUGUAUGGACAGUUUGUUCAGCAAUGAGCAAGAAUAACAACGCGAGACGACAAAAACUGUUGGAUACAAUUUUGCAUAGUAAAUUUAAUGGACUACGGGAAGAAAUUCAAUUCAUUGAUAAAAAAUUAGCUCCAGGGAACAUAUUUCGGAUCAUUAAUGUGCUUGGAAAGAGUUACAGAUCACUUGGGUUUUGGUCGGAGUCAGGCGAUGGAAUAGGAUUUUCUGAUAAUUUAGAUGAAAGAGCUUCAUAUAAUCCUUCUAUGAAGAGUUUGAAACGUGUGAUUUGGCCAGGUGAACGUUGGUCAACUCCGAGAGGAUGGGCUAUUCCAACCAACGCAAAGCCUCUGAAAAUCGGUGUGCCAAACGGAACAACUUUCAAGGAAUUUCUGACCGUCGGCUGGAAUCCUGAAGAAAACAAUCACACAUUUGGAGGAUAUGCCAUUGAUCUCUUCAAAGAAACAGUUCGCACUUUACCAUAUUACCUUGCUUACGAAUUUAUCCCCAUUGAUGGCAAGUAUGAUGCUUUAGUGCAGCGAAUUCAUAAUAAGACAUUGCAUGCUGUAGUUGGUGAUGUAACAAUUGUGUCGAGCCGAUUACAAUAUGCAGAAUUCACACAUCCCUACACGGAACCAGGAUUGGUGAUGGUGGUGCCCGUGCGAUCACAAGCCGGCAGUAAAGCAUGGCUAUUCAUGAAGCCUUUCACAAAAGCUAUGUGGGGUUUAACUGUAGCUGUAACUCUUUAUAAUGGAUUUGUGGUGUGGUUAAUUGAGCGGAAUCAUUGCUCCGAAUUAAAAGGCUCAGUUCUCAAUCAAAGCACCACCUUGAUUUGGUUGUCCUUCUCAACACUCUUUUCUCUUCAAGCUGAAAAGUUGCAUAGCAGUCUAUCCAGGAUGGCCAUGGUGGUUUGGUUGUUCGUAGCUCUGGUCAUCACACAAACUUACACGGCUAAUCUCGCCAGCAUCCUCACAGUGCAGCGGCUCGAACCCACUUUUACAGAUAUUGAGUCACUGCAGCAAAGCAAUGCCAUGAUCGGACAUUGCAAGGGGUCUUUCCUUGAAAAAUAUUUGGUUCAAGUUUUAAAAUUCAACCCCAAUAACAUAAAAUUUUACUCUUCGUCGGAAGACUAUGCUCAGGCUCUUAGAAGCAAAGAGAUAGAAGCCAUCUUUCUCGAGGUUCCGAUAGCCAAAUUAUUCACUGCAAAGUACUGCAAGGAGUUCACUGCAGCCGGACCGACCUAUGAAAGUGGAGGAUUCGGAUUCGUUUUUCCAAAGGGUUCGCCAUUGGUUCCUGACAUGAACAAAGCGCUGCUGAAUUUAUCCGAAGGUGGGAAGCUACGAGAAUUGGAGAAUAAGAUGCUUACAAUUCAGAACUGUGAGGAGAUGGAAUCAGAAGAAGAUUAUUCCAGUAUUAGUGUGACUAGUUAUUGGGUGCUCUUCACGUUAACAGGAUUCACAUCAACACUUGCUCUUGCUGUUUAUGGUGUUUAUUUAUAUUCGAAACUUGAGGAGCCAAUUUUCGGAAACAAAAUCAUUUGGAGACUUAUGUCGGCUGUAAUUGCACAUUGGCGACUGAAGAAGAAGUGGUUCUGUCGAAAAGUGAGCGACAUCGAAAGUCCUACCAGUAUUGCUCCAUAA